GUGGUGUUUAUGUUCUGCUGUGAAUUGUUCUGUGUACGGGAGAAGCGUUUCUUUUCUUUUUUUUUUUGUGCGGAUCUUGUCGUCUAAACCGAGAAAUAUCAACGAAAGUUUAUUUCAGCAACACAUGCGACGAAGCCUGGUGGAAUGUCAUUGAAGUAUAUUUGUCAUGGACAGCUUACCAGACGAGAUAUUGCUACAUAUAUUUUCGUAUCUUAAUAUGAAGGAUCUGGUUUUCUCCGCCCAAUAUGUGUGUCGGCGUUGGUUAAGAGUGUCUCGUGACGACGCACUAUGGCAAGAUAAGCUGUAUAAUCCUUCUGACGAAUCCGAACCAGAGAUUUUGGUGCGUUUGCAGAAAAUGCCAAGUUUACGAGCUUUUCAUUUGCAUAGAAGACCAACAGACGUUAUCCUGGAGACUUUAUCGUCGUGCUGCAAGAAUCUUGUAGAAUUGGACAUCAGCUGCUUAGAAAUAAGUUCCUAUCCGACCAUUAACUAUUCCACACUUUACAAAUUAGUAGUGCAUUGUCCAAAUAUAGAAAUGCUCAGUAUACCAGAUACUCUUGUUACUUUUGACGAAUUCUCAAAUGUGAUAGCGAGAUGGAAAAAGCUAACAGAGCUUGAAAUUGUUGGUGCAGCAAAGAAGCCCUUAUCCCUUCGACCAAUCGGCGAUGGGUGCCCAUCGUUAAAGCAUAUUGGCCUCUAUUCUGGCUAUUACAGGAACGAAGAUUUGGAGUAUGUGUUACGCAAGAAACGUGAUACAAUUGUGUCAGUGGUGUUGCCAUGGAGUGUUGAGGAAGGAAAGAGCACAAUACCAGUUCUAAAAGUAUGCUGUGAAAAGAUUGAGGCGCUUAAAAUUUGUGACUACAGGGAAGUAAUGGUUCAAGAAUCUCUCGAUACAUUAGUCUCUCUUGUACAUUUGAAGAAGCUGUGGAUGUACGGUCUAGAAAACCUGAGUGUACAGAAAUUGAUGCCAGUGUUUGAGGGUGGCAAUCUUUCCAAUCUGGUGAUGUUGGAUCUGAGUUACUAUGAGUCACUGGAUGACAGGUUGGCACAAACUAUUUGCAUAAAAUGCCCUUUAUUACAACAGCUAUCGUUCCAUUGUUCCUGUCUCCUAACAGGCGAAGGCUUAAGAUUUAUAAGCAGCUUGAAAAAGCUUGUAUUUUUAGACUUAUAUUGGUGCUCAGGUAUUACAGAUGAUGGCAUUGUAUUCGUUGUAGAAUGCCAGACAUUGAGAGAUCUUAAUAUAGCUGGAUGUGUGCAACUCACAGAAUACAGCAUGCAAAUGUUGGUGACACUUCAUCAGUUGAGAUCACUGAUUCUUUCAGGAUGCACUGUAAAAGGUUUACCAUUCAGGUCUUUUCCUACACAUUUACCAUUCUUACGAAAACUUGAUCUCAAAUAUUGUGAGGAAGUUGAUAUUGAAGCACUGAAUGAGCUUGAGUUACAGAUGCCAAAUCUGUCAGUUGAAAGAAUGGUAUGACUAUAAUUUCAGUUUCUGCAGAGAAACAUUUCAUCAUUUCUUGGAAUGAUGGAAGUUGUGAGCCAUCAUAUUUGUCUGAUAUUUCAGAAAUGUGAAUAAAUUUAUUAUAUCAUAUUGAUAAUUACAUAGUUUGUUGCCUUCAUAAGUUAUCUGAUUUUUAGUUGUAAAAAGAAAUAUUUAAUAUGAUUUAUGAACUCUUUCAAGCAUUCUGGUCAGUAGCCAUGUGAUGGUUUUGUUGAGCUUUAAGUUUCUUGUUCUUUCAAUUACUUGCUCAACAUUUAAUGAUUAUAUGUGUUUAAUUUAUAGUAGGAACCAUUUAGUGGUAGUCUGUGAAAUUUGUAUUCGCACCGAAAUUCUUCUCAAUUUAAAUAUACAACAGAUAUUAUAGUCUGAGUGCUUAAGUUAUUUUAUACCCUCUUUGUUACUCGUGGUUUAAGAGUGAUAGCUUUAUAACCAAAAUAGUUCAUCACACGGUAGCAGGGGGAUGGAAAAGAUUUUAGAGCCUCAGAGAACUAGAUGUAGUGAGUUGCAAAAAGUUGAAAUGAUGAUUUGGGGUAUGGUCCAUUUUUCUCUACAAUCUUCAGCAAGAAAAGCUAUUGUAUACUGCAAAAUAAUAAUCUGCUUUGAAGUAUUCUUGAGUAGUGGCUCAUCCUGAAAAUUGAGAUAAAUGUUAAAUUUGAAGUACUACUGCUUUUAGUUGGUACUGCACAUGAGAGACUACUGGAAACUUAACAGGUAGCAAUUGGCCUGAUAUGUUCACACAAAAAAGAGAAUAUUCUUUUGAGGCUGCGAAAUAUAAAAAUAAUUAGAAGAUUUUUAGAAUGCAUACGUUCCAUAGACAUAAACACAGCAAGCUUCCAAUUAUUCGGGUGUGGGUUAUCCAGUUUUUGAGUUAUCCUGGCACAGAAAAAACAUAAAAAAAUAUAAAAAUAUGAAGUUUUCUGUUAUAAUUAGACUGAAUGUUUUCUUUUAAAGUGCAAUACAAACCUUUGGGUGUGAAGAUGUGGUGAUAAUAUCUGUGAAUAAUUAAAUGGUGAUCCUGAGGUUUGGUAUUUGGGCAGCUAAGUGACAUGGAUGGCAUAAACAGAAUGUUUGGUAGAGGAAGAGAGCAAAGACUAAAUGAUCAAUGAACUUGUAAUUGUGCACACAGAGGCUUUAAAAUGCAUUAGUUUGUUAUUGGAGGACAUAGGACUCAGUUUGCGUGACUGUAUAGAUUUUUUUCUCUUACUCUCCCGAGAAUGAUGAUGGUAACUGUUAUCAUGAGAAGUGAAUGAAAAACAGAAAAGCAAAUGUUGGACCACCAUUUCUUUCACAAGGUGCUUUAAUGCUCCUAACGAUCUGUGGUUCUUUACACGGCAUCCUUUCUGAUUAGCGUAUGUGGGAAGCUAUUUUCAAAUAAUAUGAAUUUAUCGUGCAGUACAUUAAAUUUUUUGUUGGCAUUUGGUUCAUUAUGAAUUUCAUCCCAUGUCAUCUCUUUAAACGAUUGUUUAAAACAUUUGUUCUGUGUUCAUUAAUCCACACUAGUACUUUGGAGGGUACUUCUCGUACCACUAACCGGUCCCCCUUCCCAGUUCCAUUCACGAAUUGUCCAAGUGAAGAAUGAUUGUCAGUAAGCCUCUGAAUUUGCUCGAACGUCUUGAAUUAGUUUCCUAACUGAUUUUCUCUCAGAAGUAUCUAUACCGUAAGGCAUUAUCUAUCAGUGCAUUAUGGUCAGAGACAGCAUUUGUUACUGUGUAUACAGUUAUUUUUUUAGUUUGAGCUUUAUUAAAUGAAACCUUGUCAAAUUGGGUCAUACUGUCUUUAUGCACCCAUCUUGGAAUGUUAUUUACUGUGAUCAAGUUGCGAGAUCCAAAUAAGGUUUUCAGAUCAUUUUUCAUAUAAGAAUCCUUUAGAAAAGCCACACUGAAAUCACCACAGACUAUGAAGUGCUUGCUUCUGUCUGACAAAUAGCAUAGCAAGAAAUCUUUCUUUCUUAUAAAGAGUUCAAAAUUCUCCAGUGGGGACCUUACACAAUUUUUCACUAUUAAUUCACAGGUAGCACGCAUUUCUAUGUACUGUUGCUGCCAAAUCAGCUUAUCCAAUGUUUUUAACUUUGUGUUCUGCCUUAAUAUAUGUAACAACUCCUCCUCCUCCUGUAUUAGUUCAACAUGAGUAAAAUGCUAUAGUGUAAUUUCUUAUGUUUAACUUUUCUAACCCUAAUUUCCUACGUUUAACUUUUCUAACCCUGUGUUUGUGGUGCUCAGAUGUCUAUGUUUUCAGAGCUGCAAAAGUUUUCCAAACUCGCAAAAGCUCUUCCAUAUGAUAUUCUGAUGAAAUAAGCUAACCUUACUGUACUUUUCUAUGCAUUCUUAAGCAUUUUGUGGUGCUCUUCAGUUAUUAUGGUUUUGUAAAUAGGUAUCGGUUUCGGGAUUAAAGGUGUAAGUUAUCCUUCAAUAAAUAUGUAAAAUUUAGCAUGUUUUGUAAACACACCCCUAACACCAGAUACCAGUAAAAAUGUGUAAUCUGUAUUAUCUGUGUUUUUUUUGUUAUUCACACUACUUUUGUGCCUUAGAACACAGUGCAAGUGGCAAUUUACAGUUGUCACUUUUUAUUAACUAGCAACACAGACUAGUGCUUUGUAUUGCAUUAUCAGUGUGCGAUAUUUUUGAGUCUGACUAUUAUCACAGUGAAGAUCUAGCAUAUUAAAAAAAUAUAUAUAUUGGUUCUAAUGCUCGGAAAUGUCUUUGUAAUGUAUAACAUAUGUAUGUCAUUGGUAAUUCGUUAACAAGUUUUCUAACAAUAUUGAAUACCAUGUCUGAAGACAUAAAGCAAAGAACUGUGAACAAGAGGAUUUACUGUUGUGUUUCCAUUGUAUAUUUUUGAAUAUUGUGUUUUUGGAUGAAGUUUCGUACAAAAAAAAUAUUAAUUAAGAGUGUGAAAAAGAGGAAUGAUCAACUUGUAUUCUCUUCUUGUUGUAUUAUUCUUUGUUUGGACAUUUCUGGUAAAUUUUAUUGGUUGA